CUGCGCGUUCCCGCCGCCGCUUCUGCCUCCGCCUCCGCGCCCUUCUCCUUCCCCUCGCUUUCGCCAAAAGUUAUAACAUCGCCGCCGCAUUUUGAUUUCUUCGUCACGCGAGUCCACCAGGUCUGGCCCCCCGAUCUUAGCCGUGCCGGGUUUCGCAGGUUCAGGAAGCUGAGCCGCGCGUACUCCCCGCGGAGCUUGAAUUCUGAAUUGGAAGUUUUCAAGGGAGCAAGCCGCGAAGGACCCGAACAAUUAUUUCAAUUUGAGCUUUCUGUUAGUGUGAUGAUGAUAUCGGUGCGUGUUUAUGGGAUUUUCGAAAAGGACGACCUGAGAACGAGAGAGUUUGAUGGUGAUGGCGGCAGCGGAGGCGGGAGCCGAGGGAGGAGCUGCCGAGCUGGACGAUAUGAAGAAGAGGCUGAAGGAGAUGGAGGACGAGGCCGCCGCUCUCCGCAAAAUGCAGGCGAAAGUCGAGCAGGAGAUGGGUUCCGUUCAAGGGGAUCUGCAUCUAAUCAGGCAAAUAGAAAAGAAGUGGAUUCCCGAUCAGUUUUUGUCGGCAAUGUGGAGUAUGGACAGCCCAAGGGAUAUGCAUAUGUUGAAUUUGUUAUGCCUCCAUCUAUUAUAACACUAUCUUAUGCCUCCAUCUAUUAUAUAAGACUAACAAACUUGGUGAUGAGGUCAGUGAGGUUGAUGAUCUUGAUUCUACCGAAAGAGGGUCUGCCGGAUUUGGAUCCACCGGUGUUUGAUUAA